AUGGCUGCAUCCUGGCUCCUGCCGGCUUGGCCCGUAUGUCUUUGGGCGCUUCUGGCACAAGCCCUGGCAGAUCCAGAUGACACUUGCCUGUCUUCCAUCAAGGUCAUCGACAACUUCUUGUCGGACGCUGAAGCACAGGCUGUGAUGGCAGAUCUUGAGGCGCAGAGGGCGCCGAGUGAGUCGGAGCGCUUGCGCCAGGAAGCCCCCACGCUCGCGCAGCGCCUGAAGUCGGAGCUCCGGUCCAAGGAGCAGGAGGCCCAGCUCGACAGCGCAGUGGAAGUCCUGGAGCCCGUGGGGAAGCUCAUCGUCGAGGUGCUGGGCCAUCCGAAGCUCGAGAAGCGCCUUCGGGCCACGAUCACGGGCAAGGAGGUCGCACAGCUUGUGGCCUCAAAGUCUUCCGUCCCGGUGUCCCGCAAGCGUGGGGAUGUUCAUGAACACGCAGAUCACAUGGGUGGCCGCUGGGUGAGCGAGAAGGUUCCAGGCACGGCUGCAGUUGCCUACCUCGAGUCCGCCCCGGAUGGUGGCAGCCUGGGCAAGCUCAUCUUCAAGGACAUCGGGGACGAGAAGAUUGUGAAGGAGGUGGAGGCGAUUGCUAAGCGCUUUAUCUCCUGGGACAACAGCAAGUGCUUGCACAGCUUCAAAGCCCGUUACGAUGGCCCACGACGUUUGCUAGGCUUCAACCACGACCGAGACUUCAGCCACGACCGAGAUUUCAACCACGACGAAGGCAUAUUACAGGUAACUCAUGAGUCGACAGUGUGCAGAGCUCUGGCCCAAACGAGGCUGCCGCUCCGCUCUCGAAAGGGAAGUGACCAGGCGUCCAGCCGGCAGCCGUGGCAUCAGCACAACUCAUGCCACGAUGUCUUCCACAAGCUCAUCGUCCUCGUCAAAGUCUCCGCCUCCGCAUCCACUACACAGGCACGAGGGCCGUGCCAUCCGUUCGCCGGGCGCUGUGGGCACCGCUGCGGUGAGUCUUGGCCUCGAAGAGCGAAGCAGAAGAGGACUCACGAUGAUGCCGUUUUCAUUGCACAGUGGGGUGGCAGAUGCGAGCAGUGCCGGACGUCACCGGAGCCUUUGGCUCCGGACAUGCGCGCGCGCUCCAAGCUGAGCCAUGGGCUCAAGAAGCUUGUGCCAUGCGGUGAGGCGACGCUCAGGACCAUGGUGGUCGGCGAGGUGGCCUCCGGCCACGUGACACGGUGGCUGUCCGAAAAAAGCCAGACCUCGCGAAGCAGCACUACCGCCCUGCGCCAUCCUGCCACUGGUGAGGCUGCUCCCGUCGGUGAGCGAUACAACAAGGAGCCGAUUCCAGACGAGGAGUGGUGGCUACGUGGGAACAACCGGUCCAAGCUCCUGACCACUGCCCCCUUCACCUUCUAUGAUGGCAACCCGCUGGCGAAGAAGAACUUCCAGGCUCAGUGCGUGGGGCCGGACCAUUCGCGGCGAGUGGCCCAGCAGCUGGGCCGGAUCGGCCACAGCUUCUCGGAAGCCAACUUGCAAGUGCUGAAGGAGGACCCCCAUGCACGGCGCUACAUGUCCCAAAAGUAUGCGGAGCUGAUGCAACGGCCACAAGCCGCUGGCAGUCAGCCGGACUCGGAAGCACGGCACAAGGGCAAGGGAAAGGGUUCGGAGGAUCGAGGCCGCAAGACACGACUCGGCCAGCUAGCUUCCAUGUCCUCCAGCAUGAAGCUUCCGAAAGCUGAGCUGCGGCAAACGAUGGACGGAAAGAACGUCAUCAUGCUGCCCAAUCCGCGGUUGCCUCGCGAAAACGCAUCGAUGGACAUCCACAACCCCAUGCCACCAAUUCUUGGGCGCCCCAAGUUCAACUACACCUUUGACUACAAUGGUGAGCGGCUUGCCAUGUAG